AGACGGCCACCACUCUUAGUCCUUCAAAAUUUCUUAAACCGUCUCGGUUUCUCUGGCGGUUUUACGGUGGGGGAACUAUUUUCUAAUAGUUUUCUCAUUAACUUUGAGCGUGAUGAAGAUUAUCAAAGGUUCUUCUACCGAAAAAUCUGGACACUUGGAAAAGACACGAUGUAUGUCACUAAAUGGUCUCCAAACUUACGGCAAGAUGAAGACUCCCCGAAUGUUCCAGUAUGGAUCUCUUUCCCUCACUUACCCAUCCAUCUUCAUGAGCAAAGGGCCCUCUUCAACAUAGCUUCCAUGUUGGGAACUCCUUUGAAAGUGGAUCAAGCCACACUCAACUUCACCAGGCCUAAAUGUGCUAGGGUUUGUGUUGAAGUUGACGUCUCAAAGCCCCUACACCAACGCAUCCAUAUCAAACAUGUGGAUGAAGAUCUUUUCUUCCAGGUCCAGUAUGAAGAUCCACCAGUUUUCUGCAACUUUUGCCGGAAACUUGGCCAUAACCUCCAUUCAUGCAAGCUUGCAAAACCCAUGGUCAGAGAACCCCUCAAGGAUCAGGAAAUCCAUAAGGUACAUGACAAAAACCCUGCAGCUGUGCUAGAUGGCUGGACUACAGUUCAACAAGUACAUGAAGCUGUCCCAGUGGCCAACUCAGAAAGCACUGCAAUACAACCCAUCCCUCUUGAAGACACAUCAGAAGCAGACAUCCCUCUCGAGGACACAUCAGAAGAAGACAUCCCUCUCAAAAUGACUUCCAGCUCAGCCCCACCUUUUCCUAAGGCUAAAUCUCACACGUCUAAGAUUACUCAUUUCAAUAUGACAACUAAAGGGGGAAACUUUUCCUUUGUUAUUAGUGGUGUUUACGGUGCCCACACUACUGGGUCUAGGAAAGCUCUUUGGGAUAACAUUAAAAGUUUCAAUGAAUCUAACUCCUCUCCUUGGCUCCUUGGAGGUGAUUUCAAUGCUAUCUCUGACAUCCUCCACCACAAAGGCAAGAAACUCCCAGACCUGGAAGGAGUGGAAGACUUCCAGAACUGCAUCUCAGACUGCAACCUACUUGAAAGCAGCUUCACAGGUCCUUGUUUCACCUGGCACGGAGUGAGGAGCAAUGGGAAAAUUUGGAAGAGGCUUGAUAGGGUUUUCUUCAACGAAAAAUGGGCUCAGUCUUGGUCAACCAUCACUAUGCAACACGUCUCAAAAGGGGGCAGUGACCACUCCCCAAUUAUUACCACAUCCAAGAAUGAGGUGGCCCAAACACCAAGAUCCUUCCGGUUCCAAAACAUGUGGCUUCUCGAUGGGAAUUUUAAGAACCUUUGUAAGAUAUGGUGGGAAGAAAUCCCCUAUUAUGGGGGUAUGAAAUGCCUUUUUCACAAACUCAAUCACCUCAAGACUAAGAUAUCUACUUGGAAUAAAGAAAGUUUUGGUAACAUCUUUGACCUAGUUCAAGAGGCAGAAAAAGAGGCCAGCAAAGCGGAGAUGGAUUAUGAAAAUGACCCCUCUGAACACAACAGGGAGAUUGCCAACCUAAAACAGGCCCAACUCAUCCAAAUUGGAAACAAAGAGCACUGCUUCUGGAAACAGAAAUGUAACCUUAAGUGGUUUAAAGAUGGAGAUGCUAACACUAGUUUUUUCCACUCUCUUGUCAAGGAUAGAAGAAGACAUCAAAGAAUCCACUUCUUGAAGGAUGACGAUGGGCAAACACAGAAUGAUCCACUAGUACUGGAAAGCAUGGUGAUUUCCUACUACCACAACCUUUUCAACAACGCUGAACCUACCCCAGCUGAAGACACAUACGAAGAUUUCCUUUCUUCAAUUCCAACAAUAAUUGAUCAAAACCAAAACCAAUUCCUCAUCCGACUACCAACUGAAGAAGAGGUGAAAAACAAUCUGUGGGAAAUGGAUUCCAACUCUUGUGCUGGUCCAGAUGGUUACAAUGUUCAUUUCUUCAAAGAAUGCUGGGAUUUCAUCAAGAGAGAAGUCACUUCUGCAUGUCAAGAAGUGUUUUUGGGUAUUCCUAUGCCUAGUGCUGCAAGUAGUUCUAACAUCUGCCUCAUCCCAAAAUGUGAAAAUGCUUCUAAACUUUCUGAUUUCAGGCCCAUCUGCCUCUCAACUGUGGCUUCCAAAAUUGCUACCAAAUGCAUUGCCAACAGACUAAGGCAACUAUUACCCCUGAUUAUUUCAGAGGAACAAGGAGCCUUUGUGCCAGGACGAGAGAUCUCUAACCGGAUCUUAAUCACUAAAGAAAUGGCCCAUAAUAUGGACAGGAAAGCAGAGGGGGCCAACAUCAUCAUCAAACUAGACUUGACAAAGGCAUUUGACAAAGUAAAGUGGUCCUAUUUACUUGACAUCCUUCAAAGAUUUGGUUUCUGCCGCAGUUUCUUACAUAUGGUCAAAACUGUUCUCAAAACCUCCAAAUAUUCAGUGCUUUUUAAUGGAAAGCCUUGUGGUUUCUUUUGGCAAUCUAGAGGAAUUAAACAGGGAGAUCCUCUCUCCCCUCUCCUUUUUAUCAUAGCUAAUGAGGGCUUCUCUAGAAACAUUAACAAACUCUUCAUGAAUGGUGUCCUGGGCAGGUUUAAUUGCGGUAGAAAAAGCAUCCCCAUCUCCCACCUCUCAUAUGCUGAUGAUAUAAUCAUUUUCACUAAUGCCCAUCUUAAAAGGUUCAUCCUCAACUACCAACAAGUCUCUGGCCAAACCAUUAAUUCUUCCAAAUGCAGUUUUUUCACAGGGAAGAAGUUCAACUCACUUGGAAUAAGGAAACUGGAGAAACUUCUAGACAUGCCCCACAGGAAAUUCCCUUUUACUUACCUGGGAAGCCCCAUCCAUACUGGCAUCACAAGAAAGUCCCACUGCACCAACAUCAUCUCUGCAUUUGAUAGGAAACUUAAUGGUUGGCACCAACACCAUCUAGACCAAGAUGGAAGAUUGAUCCUCAUCAACCAUGUUCUCAACACUAUCCCUAACUAUUUUCUUGCUACCCACACUAUGCCUAAAUCCAUAGUCAACAUCCUCCACCAAAAAAUGGCUAGAUUUUGGUGGGGUGGUAAUAGCAAGAAGCACCACUGGCUGUCAUGGGAUACUUUAUCCUUACCCAAAGAAGAAGGAGGGAUUGGCACCAGAAAUUUCCAAGCCCUUGAAGAAGCGUUUAGCAUGAAACUGUGGUGGAAGUUCACUCAUAAUGAUAGUCUCUGGUGCAGGUUCAUGAGAGCAAAAUAUAUGCGCAAUGGAGACAUGGACUAUCAUUUGGUUGAUUCACCAACCUGAAGUCGAAUCUCUAAGAUAAAUACUAAAGCUAGCAACCAUUGCAGUAUUCAUGAUGACACUAUGAGUUGGAACGAGGACUCAACAGGGAUUUUCACUCUCAAAAGCAUAAAAUUUUGUACUUUUUUUCAAGAAGAUAAUUCAUUUUAUGAGGGAAUGAGCAAGUAAUGUAAUUAGUUCAAAUGGUAAAAUAAAAGUAAAAAUUUAAAAAUAUAAUAUGCUUAUUGAAAGGCAAACAUAGUUCUGAAUUUAUCAAUUUUAGUUCUAAUCGGAUUCGGAUAUUAUCGGUUUCAGAUCUAAUCGGUUUCGGAUUUUAUCGGUUUCGAGUAUUAUCGGGUUCGGAUCUAAUCGGUUUCAGGUUUAAUCGU